GAAGAUACCUCAGCUUCCGGUGAGCCGCUUCUCCUUCCGUGCUUGAAGAUGGCUGCCGCCUGGUUAUUGCUGUCUUUGGCCGCUUGUCUGGGCCCGGUGUCCUCCUUGUAUUUCCACAUCGGGGAGACCGAGAAGAAAUGUUUCAUUGAAGAGAUUCCAGACGAGACUAUGGUGAUAGGCAAUUACCGCACCCAGUUGUAUGACAAACAGAGAGAAGAGUAUAUGCCAGCAACACCAGGACUUGGCAUGCUUGUAGAGGUGAAGGAUCCGGAUGAUAAGGUCAUUCUAUCUCGGCAGUAUGGCUCAGAAGGACGCUUCAUCUUUACAUCACACACACCAGGAGAACAUCAGAUAUGCCUACAUUCUAACUCUACAAAAUUCUCCCUCUUUGCCGGUGGCAUGCUGAGGGUUCACCUUGACAUCCAGGUUGGGGAACAUACCAAUGAUUAUGCCCAGAUUGCUGCCAAAGACAAACUAAGCGAGCUACAGCUACGUGUGCGACAACUGAUAGAGCAAGUGGAACAGAUUCAGAAGGAGCAGAAUUACCAAAGAUGGCGGGAGGAAAGGUUCCGUCAGACCAGUGAAAGCACCAACCAACGUGUUUUGUGGUGGUCCAUUGCCCAGACUCUGAUACUUGUGACUAUUGGAAUUUGGCAGAUGAGGCAUCUUAAAAGUUUCUUUGAAGCAAAGAAACUGGUGUAAGCUACAUGAAGAAAGCAGGGUUUGUUGUGCCAGAAAUUAUGGACCCACCACCUCCAGCUUUGAAUCUUCCACCUCUACAAACUGCUGGAUGGAACUGUUACAAGGUGACUCUAGCAUGUGGGACCAGGACACUCUGCUUGGAAAUUUAGUCACAUUUUGUCCCAAGCAAUGACAGAAUUUUGGAACCUUUUUUAAAGUAUAAAAUGAGAUUUUUGUUGUUUACCAUUCAAUGAAAGUAUUCUGAUAUUUUGUUUUUGUUACCUAUUUUUUACUGGCCAUGAACAGAUUACAAAAGUCACUGAAAUAAGCUUGAUCUUCCCCCUUUCUGCUUCAUUUGAUCAGGGAAAGCACCACCAGUGCAGUAAAGUCCUUUUGUUAUUGCCUCUGAUUGAUUUAUGGUGAAUUGGUCUCUGGGUUAAUUUUAUCUGCUUUUUAACUUGACUGGGGGAUAUUGAUGAUUUGGGAUUGCUACCUGACUCAGGUUUGCACUGCUUUGGAGGAAAUGGCCACGGCAAAUCAGUUCACUGGAAGACAAAUGUUUAGUGGGAGCAAAGAACUACGGUUCCCAGA